UCCAGGUAGCAGUUCUUCUCGGGGAAGUUGGUUUCGACCGCCUGGUCAGGCUGAUCCGACAGCUCAGGGUCGACUUGAGCGUAGAGGAGAGAGAAUAUAAUGUGUCAGGAUUUUGUUACCAGGAAGUGGGUCGAGUUAUUUAUAUUUCAACACUUGUCCUCUCGUACCCGGCAGAGAACCAGUUGCAGUAACCUGAAACUAUAUGUUCAAACAGCGGCUGGUUCUGGAUGCAUCAGACUCAAAGAGAACAAUUCGAUUCACAUCUAGAAAUGCCAGUGACCAGCAGUUCUCAGCCUAAAGACGUCCAAAGAUAAAUCUGACUGUGACUAACGAGAGAUGAAAGAAGACAAAACAAAGUUCUGUUCAUGAAACGCAAGGUGUUGGAAUGAAGCUCCAUAAGAAGAUACUGACCCAUUACCUGUCAUGCACCUCUCCGGUAGAUAAAGAGGGGUAUCUCUACAAAAAGAAAGAGCGAAAUGCCACCUACCACCGCCGCUGGUUUGUCUUGAAGGCAAACCUGCUUUUCUACCAGGAGCGGCCUGCCGACAGACACCUGCUGGGCGUCAUUGUGCUGGAGGGCUGCACGGUCCGGCGCUCAGAGUCCGACGGGCAGUUCGCCUUUUCCCUGGUGUUUGGAGGACCGGGACUGAAAACCUACAGAUUUGCAGCCGAGGAUCAUCAGACUCAAGAGAGCUGGGUGAAGACCCUGGUGUCAUCCAGCCACUGUUACCUGUCCCUGCUGGUCCGAGACCUGAGCCGGCAGUACGAAGAAGCUAAACAGCAUCAGGGAUCUGGUGAAACCCGUAGCCGCCCGUCAGUCAGUGCCCUCAACUCAGCCCACUUCCUCCCUGUGCAGCGGCCAACAGCAGACGUCAGGGAGACCAGAAGCCUCAGUGCCAGCACCGUUUUACAGGCACCUUCUAAAGCCAUAGCUAAGAAGUCUCCCAAAAUGUGGCUCAGGAGAAACGCUCUCGUCACACCGCUUAACAGACCGGCGCCUCCGUGCAGCGAUUGGCCUUUGGUGGGGUUUGAUCACCGUGAGGAGUUUAGCAAACUUCAUGAUUAUUAUGGGCAGGAAGUGAAGAAAGCGAGAGAGGAGUGGCUGAAGAGUCGACGAGCGGAGGAGGAGCUCAGUGAUGGAGAUCUCAUCGACCUGGGCUGAAAGAAAACCGACAGUUUAGAGACCUUUUAUAAAGAGGAAGUGAGACGAGGUGGCUUGUGUGAGUUGAAAAGGAACUGAACCAGAUGUGUUGUGAGCUGCACUGCGUUUAAGAACAGUCAGCUGAAGAGCCAAGGCCACCUUAAAGUAACCGUGCAGCUGCUGGUCCCUGACUCACCUGUAGGGCCUCGAAACUGAAGAAGCUAAAUGGGAUUUUAGCCAUCACUUUGUUUUGUUUUUCCUGCUGUCGCACGUGCAUGAAAAACACCUGCUCCUGGCACCUGCACACCUGAGGCUAAUAGCAUAUUAUCAUUGUGACUUUAUUCACAUGUGGGGUAUUUAACAGUUUCACCCAUUGCAUAGAAAUAAGAUGCUUUAUAAGGCAGUAUUAAGAAGAGAUUGUUAUAAAAUUUCCACUGCGUGAAAAAAUAAAACUGAUUUGUCGUCUUCAAUGUUUCAUAAUCAGUCAAACAAAAAAAGAAUAACAUGGAAACUUGCAGUGUAUAUGGAAAUAGGAGACAGUUACAACUAGCGUAUUUUACAGUGAAAACAAAAUGAUUUCUUGUGUGUGAAUAUUAAACUCAGUUGGUUUCGGGCAGUAAAUUCCUUGAAGCAAGCAGAUGAAGAUUACAGAGCAGAGCGAAAAUAUUUUAUCUUUAAAGCAACUUGAGGAUGUAAUUUGAGGAACCACAAAGCUCAAGAAGUUAAUUUUGCUUUUGAUUUGGAGGUCAGCUGAGGAACAUCAACAGCAGAGGGCGCUGGAGGCUCAGUGUGCGGGUUCUGGUCUGCAGAAAACC